UUUCGUAUAUAAAAUCAGCGACAAUUUCCAAAAUUCCAUCAUCAUCAUCAUCAAUUCAUCAUCAUCAUCGUCUUCUGGAAUCGAAAAUCACCGUCUCCGAACAGUGCCGGAGCUUCCCCUGACCACGGGAGCGACGUACGGAGGCGACCCGUGUCGCGGUCGAUGGGCUGCUGCCGUUCCCGCCUCCGCAGCCGCCGGAUCUGCUUGCGCGAGCUCUAGCGGUUUUUGCUUCCCCCAGGUUCUCCUGGAAGAGGCAUAGUCUGACCUGGAAGGUUUCGUCAACUUUCUUUAUCAUGUCGAAGCAUGCUGAGCAGUCUUUGCCUUCACAAUCUGUAUGGAUGGCUCACUGGGCACGAACAAAGUGUAAACCUGCAUCCCUUACUCAGAAUCAGUUAUCGAUUAAUCAUGAGCCCGUGGAAAACGAUUCUGAGGUUAAGCGGAACUGGCUUGUUAGCAGACCAGAUAGUCUGUGUAAAUUAGCUGGCAAACAAUUUUGUGAAGUAGCAGCAUCGGGAUCUGUUGAAAUGCAAAAUGAGGAUUUAGAGAUGAUUUCAGAAAAUUUCAUGAAAGAAAGAUUAGCACCCCAACCCUUUGUAUUGUCUGGCCUUACCCCAAACAAAGAUGGUUCUUUGACUCUUAAGAAUGACCAAGCUACUAACUUCUUUGCUGAAUCAUCGAGGCCACAUGUUGAUACGAAUACUUCUCUGUGUCUAGAUAGAAAAGAGAAAACAUCUUUUUGGGUUCCUCCUGAGGCAGAAACUCAAUCAAGGGAAUGCCAUUCUGAAUUUAGAGGUUCAACCUAUAAUUCUGGAAUGCCAAUGAAAUCACAUAGUUUUCUUGAAAAGAAGAAACUAGUUGUUUCUAGCUCUUUUCAUGAUAAUCAUGUAUCGUCUAGCUCUCAAGGUAUUCCAGAUGGACUAGAAGCUGGGGGAACUCCCAUUGUUACCUCCCUGGAAAAGCAAAAAGAUAUUACUAGAUCCAGCACUUCUUUGAUGGCCAAAGAACACUUCAGAAACAUUCAAUUUUCUCAGCUGCAGCAUGACCAUUGUGACUAUCACCCUUGCUCAGCUCUUUAUAUUGGUCAGAAGACAGAUGAGAGUAUGCUGCAUUCCCACAUAUCUGAGAGUGCAAUACGUGAUGGUGCUUCACUACUAAAUGAUCCUAUGACAAGCAAAAACCCGAUAACAGUCUUAGUAGGCAAAAAAUACCAGAAAAUUCAAGAUCAUCCCACUAAUAAGUUCUUUCCAUGCCAGAGCAGUCCACCACAGGGGUCUAAGCCGGAAAAAUUACACCAGGAAUAUUCUUCUCGACCAGGAUGUUCUUUUCUUGAUGUAGAAACAAAGAAAAUAUGCACCAGUGAAGACUCUGCUGAAGGAUUUUUGAGUUUCCAGCCCAAAUUUCCUCAAACAACACGGCACUUAUUCUUUAGUGAAAAGUUUGGUGUUAACUUGUCCAAAGGAGGUCAAAUCAUCAAGGAGUCAACAGUAUCUGCCAAAUAUAAUGCACUUCCAUUUGGUGAAGUUCUUAGCUUGUCUCCAAAUAAUUUCCGUAGUCAGCAUGGAGUGAAGCUUCAACCUUUAUGGAGUUCUACAGACAGUGAAGAAAAGGAAGAAGCUGCAGAUGGCAGAACUCCUGUGAUGGCAAUAAGGAAUGAAUCAUCUGCAGAAACUGAUACAAUGGACAUGGAUGCUUUUCGAGAGAACCAUCUUUCUGGAGAUGCUUCAUCACCGGUGAACAAGGACAUUGCUAUGCCCCAAAAACUAUCACUUUCUCUCGCUGCAGCCACUUCAGUUGCUGAAGUUGGAGGUAAAGCAGUAAAUGGGGAUUCGCCUAAGACAAAAGUCCCAAAACGGAAGUAUCUUGAACUUACAUCUUUGUCAAGCUCUACUGAUGAGAGGGAGCCAAGUACAUCGAAAACCCAGAGUUUGGAUGCGGAGCAUCUCUUUUCUCAUGCUGAUCAGGGGACAGAUUCAAAAUCCCAAACUUACUUCAGCAAUCAUGGGGGACCAGAGCAAAGAACUGGAUGGCUGAAACGAUUGAAGAUGAGCACUUCUGAAACUUUACCUCAUGGCAGUGAAAGCUUAAAAGUUGGGGAUGCUUGUUCCUCUGGAAAGGACAAUAAUUUAGUUGGCAAAGUUAUGAAGCAGAGGAUGACUAGUCGGAGCAGAUCAUUGGUAAUUGUCAUGACAAAGAACAGAUGGCUUUAGGUCAAUUUGCUUUGUUAGCAAAAGAUGGUGCAUCAUCUUCCAGUGGUUCUAUUGGGAAGAGUCGAGAUGCAUUGCUUUCACACCCAUGGAUUCAGCGGUGGUGUCGCAACCGAGCUGCUUCCUUACAAAAGAAGCCUGAAGCUUUUGUGCUCUGCGAGCCACAUGGUACAAAGGCAUCAGUCGAUGAGUUUCAAAAGAAGCAAUUUCCAAGCAUAGCUGCUAUGGCUUUGAUGGGUAAGGCCAUGAAUGGCUUUCACCCUUGUGAGUUCAGAAACAGAGGAACUUAUGUUGUCUGGAAUACUAAAGGAUCGUGAAAUGACUGACUGGCGCAACUAAUGGGUGGAUGAAACGAAUCAGGAAAGGCUUCUUGUGCAAUAAUGACUGUGAAACUGGUAAGAAAUAUUUUGGCCUCUUUGUUCUUACAAAUAAAGUGAACAUGGGGAUUCUGUAUCCUGAAUGUAUUUAUGGUGUUUGUUUAAUUUGGAGCAGGUUUUAAAUUUUUGUUCAGGGAGUGUGUGCAUGAUUAGAAACAGAAAUGUUCCUGGAGUUAGUGGUGGAGACUGCCGAAUGAAGUUCAUCACAUCUCAUGUACGGUUCUUAGAUUACAUGGCAGCAAGCUUACUUAAUGCUGUUAUAUUUCGUCAUGCUACCGGACAUGGAAUUGUUUUGCUAAGGCAGAGAAAGUCACACAAGGAUUCAUACGGUGCCAUGUUGUCCAAUCUGUGGGUUGGGCAGAUCUGAAGGAUCAUAUCAGAAUUCUCUAAACCCUUCUUUUGAAGGUCAUUUUACAUUUUUUUUUUCCAAAGCCCUUCUAUAUCAGCAGUUAUGGAGUUGAACGCCUGUCCUCUCCGCCAUAUGAUCUGUGGCUAGAAUUCUUGCUGAUUUAAUCGAGAGUUAUCUCUUGUGCUGCUUGAUUGGCCUCGGCAGACUUCACCUCUAGGUUCUCUCUCCCAGACUGACAGUGUGGACCCGAUAAUUAUGCAUUUGAAAUUGUGCAAGCAAGAACUUAUAUUCUGGGAAUGAGACACAAAAUUUGGCAA